AUGGCCAGUUCACCGCCUUCGCCCUAUGACGCCACCCAUGCUGAGUCAGCCACUCCAUCCCACACGCUCACUGGCUGUGCCACCAACAGUGGCUCCGGGCCUUACCUAAGGGUGCCUGACCGCCUUUCAAGGUGGACUUUCGGUUCUUUCCCCUCCCUUUCCCCCAACGUCAUAGGUUCCGGAUCAUCAAAACAAGCUACCUGUGAAGUCACCCCGCGAGCUCUCUCUCUCUCUCUGUUUAUCAUGGCAGGCUGGUUUUCUUCGGCGUCGCCGCUCGAUGAGCAGAUCGAGCGGGCGACGUCGUCGUCAUUGGAAGACAUUGCCUUGAAUCUAGAGAUUUCGGAUCUCAUCCGGUCGAAAAGCGUUCAGCCAAAGGAGGCAAUGCGGUCGUUGAAGCGGAGACUGGAGAACCGCAAUCCCAACGUGCAGCUCGCGACGUUGAAGCUUACAGAUACAUGUGUCAAGAACGGUGGCACUCACUUCUUAGCUGAGAUUGCGUCCCGCGAGUUCAUGGAUAACUUGGUGUCUCUCAUGAAGGCCGAAGGCGCUCCGCUCAACGCAGAUGUCAAAGAUAAGAUGCUGGAGCUGAUCCAGGAUUGGGCAAUGGCUGCACAGGGACGUAUGGAUCUGAUGUACCUGGGUGAUACGUAUCGGAGAUUGCAAAGCGAAGGGUUACGGUUCCCCCCCAAGACCCAGAUCAGCGGGAGCAUGCUGGAAAGCAGCGCGCCUCCUGAAUGGAUUGACUCGGACGUGUGUAUGCGCUGUCGGACCGCAUUCAGCUUCAUGAACCGGAAACACCACUGUCGAAACUGCGGCAAUGUGUUCGAUGCUCAGUGCUCGAGCAAGACCAUCCCUCUCCCCCAUCUGGGAAUUCUACAACCAGUCCGUGUCGAUGAUGGAUGCUAUGCAAAGUUGACCUCCAAGUCGUUCGCCCCGGCGGGGCUCUCAGAUAGAUCAGCCUUCAAAAACAACUCCAUCACCAAGUCCAGCGUGAUGGAACCGCGCAGUGGUCGAGCGGAGGGAGGCUUCGACGAAGACUUGCGUCGUGCAUUGCAAAUGAGCUUGGAGGAAGCCCAAGGCAAGGGUUCGUCGGGCUACGUUCCGCACUCAAAGCCCGUGGAAGCAACGACGUCGACAAAAACCACCCAGGUCGUGGAGGAGGAAGAGGAGGACGCAGACCUCAAGGCCGCCAUCGAGGCAUCCUUGCGCGAUAUGGAAGAACACAAACAGAAGUACGCUGCAGAGCUGAAAAAUACCGCGCCGGUCAACCCCUCUGUCGGAGGACGGCCAAGCACGACCAAUAAUAUCCCAUUACCCAAGAACCCUUACGAGCUGAGCGCUGUCGAAAUGGAGAACAUCCACCUUUUCUCAACUCUUGUCGAUCGUUUACAACACCAGCCACCGGGAACCAUUCUGCGAGAGCCUCAAAUACAGGAGCUGUACGAGAGCAUUGGGACUCUCCGGCCUAAGCUAGCGCGAAGUUACGGGGAAACGAUGAGCAAGCACGACACCCUCCUUGACCUGCACUCCAAGCUAUCGACUGUGGUGCGAUAUUAUGACCGGAUGUUGGAGGAUCGUCUCUCGAGUGCAUAUUCACAGCAAUCACUCGGUCUACCUACUUCUUCCCCGUACCCGAACAUUUACCCUACCAUGCCCGGUCAGGCACCACCGGAGGGGCAGCCAGGUGCCGAGAACUUUUAUUAUGGAAACCUGAGCAACCCUCCCGUGGAGCACACCGGCUACGAGAGCAGGGGACCAGCAGCCGGCACCAUCAUGAACCCCAAUAUCUACCCCCAGGCUGAACUCCAGCCCCAGCAUCAAUAUCAACAACCUCCAGUUCAACCCUGGAAUGCUGCCGGUGGGCCGUACCCUCCUGUUUCCUCAUCAUCCUUACAUCACGCCAAUGUCUUGCCCUUUGCGAACAACGCUGCUGCGGCUAGUGCACCGCCCGGUCCGGCUAGUUUUUAUCCUUCCCAGACACCCGGCGAAACGGACGGGUACCACCAAUACCAACCCCCGCCAGGACCCCGCUCAGUCGAGCCCGAGACACCAUAUCAAACAACAUCGUCUCCGGAGCUGCAGCGGAGCUCGCUAUACCAGGCCGGCAGCGAGCCCCCGGCAGCCGCUGCGGAAGCUGUCCAACCCCCGGGGCAGCAUCCCACAGACCCCUAUGCCCUGCCGUCUAGCAUCUCUACCGCCCCACCGACCCAGGAACCACCACCGAUGGGCCAAGCCACGCAGUCCUACUACUACACGCAGCCGGCCACGCAGUAUCCCACCGAGAGUCCGAUGCCAAUGGGCUACGGCGCCCCGGGGCACGGCAUACAUCCUCCUCCUCCACAGUAUCAAGCGCAACCCCCGCCACAGCAGCAACCCCCAGCCGCGCGGCCGGUGGUGGAAGAGAGCCUGAUCGAGUUGUGA